CUAUGUGCCUUUUUGACCAUCUACCCGUCUUGAUUCCAAAAAAAAAGCGCGGGAUUUGAAUACUAGUAUUGUGAGUACUAUAUCCGGGCCGGAUACUCUUUUUCUGUCAUGCAAGCCUUUUCACUCUUCAUCAUGAGCUCCCAUCGAUCUCGGUACAAUGACCGUAAACGAAAAUCAGAAUAUGUACCUGAAGAGAAGUACGAUGUUGACGGAACCUUGAUCAAGAAUCAAGAGGCGUUUAAAAAGAAAGUUUGGGAUCUCAAAGAUAUUGUAAAGAAAUAAACGAAUAGAAGCAAUCAAAGCAGCUCAAAAAUUUAUGAAAGAGUCUAAGAAUGAUAAAGAUUGUAAGCUCUUUGAAUUAGAUAUGGAUAAGCCUUGGACAGAAGAGACAGACGAGCUUUUUUUCUCUAAAAGAAAUCGUGGUCUAGCUUCUUGGUUUACUCCUACAGGUUCACCUAUAUAUUAUGAGUUUGAAGGUUUCUACAUCAAAUUAAAGGAAAGUAUCUUCAAAGACAAGGCACCAAAAAGGUAUACAAGUGCAGAUAGAUUUAAUUUGAUGCGUCAAGAAGGCGAGUUGAUACGCCAUGCACUCGUCUUGUUUCAUGAUUUUCAAAAAAAGAAAAAAGAAAACUUAAAAAAGAAGAUUGAGGAAACCAAGGCAGCCUUACCAGUGACCCCUUAUGCUCCAGCUAUUGUAGAAACCUUAAAGAAGCAUCGGGUUUUGUUGAUUGCUGGGGAUACUGGCUGUGGAAAAAGUACUCAGGUACCUCAAAUCUUGAUGAAUGCAGGGUUUGAUAAAAUUGCAUGUACUCAACCUCGCCGUAUUGCUUGUUCUUCUCUUGCAAGACGUGUCAGCUAUGAAACGUUGAAUGAAUAUGGCUCAAGGAUUGGCUAUCAAGUUCGGUUUGAAAAAAACAAGUCAAGUAAUACGCGGGUGUUGUUCUUGACAGAAGGUCUUCUUUUGCGCCAAUAUGCUGCUGAUAACAUGUUGUCCAUGUAUGAUGUGAUCGUAGUAGAUGAAGUCCAUGAACGCCAUAUGAUGGGUGAUUUUCUGCUCGCUUUAUUAAAAAAGACAUUAACCCAAAGAAAAGAUUUAUACGUUGUAUUGAUGAGUGCAACAAUUAAUGCAGAGUUAUUUGCUCAGUAUUUUGAUGCACCUACUUUAAUUGUGCCAGGAAAAAUGUACAGUGUCAAAAUACAUUACUGGCCUCAAGGGGAAGAUGACAAGAACCUUGUUGAUGAAGCAACACAUCGAAAAAGACACUCUGAAGCAAUCAAAAAAUCUAUUCCCAGUAGACCUCAAAUGAUAAAACCAGACCCAUACAUUAAAGUGUUGGAAUAUAUUGAUCAAUCUGUUCCUUUGGAUGAGCGAGGAGACUUGCUGAUUUUCAUGUCUGGUAUUAAUGAGAUAUCUUCAUUAGCUGAAGACCUUACGGCUUACGCUCAAGAUACAAAAAAAUGGGUCAUUUUGAUGCUUCAUUCUUCACUUACAGUAGAAGAGCAAGAGAAGGUAUUUGACUCUCCUCCAGAAGGCGUUCGUAAAUGCAUCAUUAGUUCAAACAUUGCAGAAACGAGUAUUACCAUCGAUGGUAUUCGUUUUAUCAUUGAUUCUGGAAAAGUAAAAGAAAUGAAUCAUGAUCCAGGCUCAAAAGUGAGUCGAUUAUCAGAAUUCUGGAUUUCAAAAGCAAGUGCCAAACAAAGAACAGGUCGAGCAGGCAGAACGGGGCCAGGCGAAUGCUUUCGAUUUUAUUCAGAAAAUGAGUUUAAUCAUUUCCAUGAUUUUGCUAUUCCUGAAAUACGAAGAGAAGCACUGGAUCCUUUGUUAUUACAGAUUAAAUACAUGGGAUUGGGCAAUCCUCGAAAGUUUGAUUAUAUUGAGGCUCCUUCCAUAGACUACAUUAACUCUUCUAUGGAGUUUUUGUAUAAUUUGGGCGCUGUUGAUCAAGAUGAAAAUUUGCUUGGGUUAGGUUCAGUUUUAGCUAAACUCCCUGUAGAUGCUACAGUUGGAAAGAUGUUGCUUCUUGGCGUGGUAUUCAAUAUCAUAGAUCCAAUCUUGACUAUUGCUGCUGGUAUGAGUCUGCAGUCACCAUUCGCAAGAACUACGCCUAGUUCUAAUAGGGAACAUCUUCAAAACCGCAGUGAAUUCGAUUCAAAGCAUGGUGAUCCAUUCACUCUAUUAAACUUGUGGGAGAAGUGGAUUGCCGUAAAAGAAAGCAAGACAUCGUCUCGAAAAUGGUGCAAACAACACAUGAUUGAAGAGCAUAGAUUAUACGAGAUUGCGAAAAUGAAAAGACAAUUUGAAAAGAUUCUAAACGACUUUCAACCUGGUUUACUGCAAUCAUUGAAAACAAACGAUGGCGAUUCGGAAGAAGAGAAGGUUAACGAAGCAUCAAGACAUGCUGUCCGAGAAAAGCUUCGUAGAGAGAAAUAUGACCAAAGAAGUAAUAAAAGAAGACGAGUUUUGGAUAUGCAUUCUUUGGAAAACCACGCCGAAGAACAAGAUGAAGGAGCGUCCGAAAGAAAAGAUAUUCGAGAUCUUGAAUUUUCCUUAAUGAAUAAUGUAAAGCGUCUCAAGUCGAGAGCAUCCUCUCCUUCAGAAGCAGAAAUACAAAUGGUCAAGCUUAUUUUAUGUUCCUCCUUAUAUCCACAACUAGCAAUAGGUGAUGAGCAUAAUCCGUAUAGAAAAAGCAAUGAAAUUGUAUUCCAUGUGCCAGUAAAGAGCUUUAUAUCUAUUCAUCCGAGCAGUGUUAUUGCAUCUCAUCCAGAAUGGGUACAAGGCCACAACAAAAAUACUCGUAAAGAUGAUAAGACAGUAGAAGAGGCAAUGUAUCAUCAAUUACUAUGCUAUCUACAAUUAUUAGAAACUAACAAGCCUUUUCUUGUCAAUAUCACAAGAGUACCUGGUAUCCAUGCAUUGCUUUUGUUUGGAAAGACAAUCGAUCUGAAUUUGGAUUGUAGUGUCAUUGUGGUUGAUUCAUACUUCAUGAUUCAUUUUAAGACUACACAAGUCGCAGAAUACAUCCUUUAUUUAGUCUGGAAGAUUCGUACAGAAUGGCAAAAACUCCAAAAUAUCCGCAUUAGUCGUGGACUAGAAAGCUUUGUAGAUUCACCUUCAGAUGAGGAAAUUAUUAGUCCGGAAGCAAAGAAGGGUCUACCUUUGACGAUACAGCAAAUACUAAAUGAACAACUAGACUCAAAGACAAAAGACAGUCGAUGGGAUAUGUGGACACCUGAAGUAGAAAAGCAUUUUCAAUCAGAAAUGCAAAAAUUUAGAGAGAAAAUAAUAGACUUUAUGGAAACAUCAAUAUCCGCAGAACUGAGGGCUGCUAAGGCAUCUGAACUGUUGAAGAUGGUAAUGAAAAUCAAUUCAAAUAUUGACAAGACUCAUGCAUAAAAUAGUACCCAAAAUUCAUUGGCAAUGGAGAAAGUGAUCAAGAGCAGAGUUUACCAAGAGAAUGGAAAGCAAAAGAUGUUAUUCGUUCCGGAAUACGCAUUUCAACCAAUAUAUUUUACAAUAGCAUCGAAAUGCCCUCAUGUGCAUCGACUAUUCCUAUGGA